UUCUUAUAAAACCCUCGGAUUAUCAUCGAGAGUAUCAUAGCAACUGAUUACAUUCCAACGCUAAAAUGUUUAGUAAAAUUCUUACGUUUGUAGCUGCGAUAACAGUCGCUAGAGCUGGGCUCCUCCGGGGUGCGCACAGCGGAUAUGGCGCAGCCUAUAACAAUCAGUACGCCCUAGGCGGUCAGCUUGGCCUCGCCGGAGGACUCGCUCCUAGACCUUUCCCCUACGGCGCAGCUUUUGCACAUACUGCUCCUUUUGCUCAAGCCGGUCCUUUAGCUCAUCCGGCUCCUUUGGCCCAUACUGCUCCUUUCGCUCAAGUUGGUCCUUUGACCCAUCCAGCUCCUUUGGCAUACGGUGCUCCUUUCACUCAAGCCGGUCCUUUCGCCCACCCAACUCCUUUGGUCCGUACUGCUCCACUUGCCUACACUGCUCCUUUAGCACAAUCCGCUCCUUUGGCACACGCUGCUCCACUGGCCCAUGCUGCUCCAUUGUCCCCCAUUGCACCUUUAGCCCAAGCUACUCCUUUGGCCCACGCCGCUCCUUUGGCCCACGCCUCUCCUUUGGCUAACGCUGGUUUAGCGCACGCCAAUUCAUUGGCUCAUGCCGCACCGUCGGUGCACGCUACCCCAUUGGCACAAAAUUCUUUAUUGGCCCGCGGCGCAAGUCCCGUGGUCCAUGCUACAUCCACAGUCCAAUCCAAUUCCAUUGCCAAUGCCGCACCUCUUGCCCGUGCAGGCCCCCUUAACUAUGGUGCACCAUUAGUCCAUGCUGGACCAGUAGCACAUGCCACACCAUUAGCCCAUACUGCUCCACUUGCCCAUGGUGCCUCUUUAGGUUAUACUUCCCCAUUAGGGCAUGGCGCGUCUCUAACGUACUCUGCAGCCUACGGUCGUCCCCUCGGGCACCUUGGAGGAUACUCUGGAAUCAGUCAGCGUGGGAGCUACAAUGACUACUACUCACACCCUCAAUAUCAAUACUCAUACUCUGUGGAGGAUCCUAACACCGGCGACCACAAAGCCCAGCACGAGACACGCGACGGGGAUGUAGUGAAGGGAGAAUACUCCCUCUUGCAGCCUGAUGGUACCUUCAGGAAGGUUCACUACACAGCUGACGAUCGCAAUGGAUUCAACGCAGUCGUCCACAACUCAGGUCCCAGUCACCACGUGUAUUCUUCUCAGCACCAUCGUCAUUAUCACACCACGCUACGAUACCAUUAUCAUUCUCUUGCACUGAUUAGCAACCGCAAAAUGUUCUCCAAAGUUGUCGUCUUGAGCGCCGUUUUGGCGGCUGCCAGCGCAGGUCUUCUGCCGCUGCACCACUCUGCGGUGUCAUCUCAAAGCAUAGUGCGUCAUGACUCGCCAGUGCACUACGCGCCCGCGCACUACGCCGCCGGACCAGUGGUCCAUGCUGCGCCCAUCGUUGCCCACGCCGCGCCCGUUGUCCACGCUGCCCCCAUCGUUGCCCACGCUGCACCAGUUGUACACGCUGCUCCUCUUGCCCUCGCUCACGGUCACGAAUACUCUCACCCCCGUUAUGACUACUCUUACUCUGUGGCUGACCCCCACACCGGUGACCACAAAUCGCAGCACGAGAGCCGCGACGGUGGUGCAGUGCACGGCUCAUACUCCCUGGUCGAGCCUGACGGUUCCGUACGCAAAGUAGAUUACACCGCUGACGACCACAAUGGUUUCAACGCGGUUGUCCACAAGACCGCUGGCCACCACCCCGCCCCCGUGGUCCAUGCCGCUCCCCUGGUCCACGCCGCGCCCGUGGUCCACGCCGCACCCGUGGUGCACGCUGCUUCCCUGGGUCACGCCGCUCCCCUCGCACACUACGCCGCCGCCCCCCUCGCACACUACGCCGCCGCGCCCCUCGCCCUCGGUCAUCAUGGUCUCCUCCAUCAUUAACCAACUAGAUAAUGUAUAACUUGUGCUCGUUGUAUGUUUGAUGUGUGAUAUUUAUGUGUAUGAAGUAAUGAAUUAAUACUCAUUUGUAAAU